UCGUUUCUCUACUGCUCCGGGCCGCCGUUGUAUUGUGGGAUCGCGGCGCCGCGCCUGAGACGCUGGGAUCCGCGGGGGAGCCCACUCGCUAGCACCUCCUGUCGUCCGUAAGGCUGCCCUGCUCUUUCUCGGCACCCCAACUCGCCCCCAUCGCCUCCUCCUCCAUCCUCCAGUUCAAAAUGGCGGCGGCGGCGGCAGCGGCGGCGGCGAUGGCUCCUCCGGGCUGCCCGGGUUCGUGCCCCAACUUCGCCGUAGUCUGCUCGUUCUUGGAGCGCUACGGGCCGCUGCUCGACCUGCCUGAGUUGCCGUUCCCCGAACUGGAGCGGGUGCUGCAGGCGCCGCCGCCGGACGUCGGCAACGGAGAAGUACCAAAAGAAUUGGUGGAGCUCCAUUUGAAGUUGAUGAGGAAGAUUGGCAAAUCUGUUACAGCAGACAGAUGGGAGAAAUAUUUGAUCAAGAUAUGCCAAGAGUUUAACAGCACCUGGGCAUGGGAGAUGGAGAAGAAGGGGUAUCUUGAAAUGAGUGUUGAAUGCAAACUAGCACUCUUAAAGUACCUCUGUGAGUGUCAGUUUGAUGACAAUCUCAAAUUCAAGAAUAUUAUCAAUGAGGAGGAUGCUGACACCAUGCGUCUCCAGCCAAUUGGCCGAGACAAAGACGGCCUCAUGUACUGGUACCAGCUGGAUCAAGAUCAUAAUGUCAGAAUGUACAUAGAAGAACAAGAUGAUCAAGAUGGCUCUUCAUGGAAAUGCAUUGUCAGAAAUCGAAACGAGUUGGCUGAGACUCUUGCACUCCUGAAAGCACAAAUCGAUCCCGUAUUAUUGAAAAAUUCUAGCCAACAGGACAACUCUUCCCGGGAAAGUCCCAGCUUAGAGGAUGAGGAGACUAAAAAGGAGGAAGAAACACCUAAACAAGAGGAAUCAAAGGAAAAUGGAAAGAUGAAAAGUGGAGAGCAGCCAGUAGAUUCAGAAGACCAUCAUUCUACAUCCAAUGCUCUAGAAGAAACUACAGUGAAAACAGAAAAAGAAGAUGAAAAGGAACUUGUGAAAUUACCAGUCAUAGUGAAGCUGGAAAAACCUUUGCCAGAAAGUGAGGAAAAAAAGAUUAUCAAAGAAGAAAGUGAUUCCUUCAAGGAAAAUGUCAAACCCAUUAAAGUCGAAGUAAAGGAAUGUAGAGCAGAUCCUAAAGAUAUCAGAAGUAGCAUAGAGAAGCUAGAGCCUGAGAGGCUAGAGUUUGGUGGCAAUGUUAAACCUUCUCAAGAAAUUACUGAGAAGUCUCCUGAAGAAACUGAGAAACUUAAAAAUGACCAGCAGGCCAAGAUACCACUAAAAAAACGAGAAAUUAAACUGAGUGAUGAUUUUGACAGUCCAAUCAAAGGACCUUUGUGUAAAUCAGUUACUCCAACAAAAGAGUUUUUGAAAGAUGAAAUAAAACAAGAGGAAGAGACUUGUAAAAGAAUCUCUACAAUCACUGCUUUGGGUCAUGAAGGGAAACAACUGGUAAACGGAGAAGUUAGUGAUGAAAAGGUAACUCCAAAUUUUAAGACAGAACAAAUGGAGACAAAGUUUUAUGAUACAAAGGAAGAUAGCUGUAGCCCCUCUAAGGACAGAAAUGUCAUCAUAGAGGGAAAUGGAGCAGAGUCCUUAAAUUCUGUCAUAACAAGUAUAAAAAUAGGUGAUCUUGAGAAAGAAGUGGUCCCUUUAGGGAAAGAUGCAGAUAGUUCAAUAUCGGUCUUAGAGACCCAGAGUCAAAAAGGACAGAUAGAGGAAACUGGUCCUCCAGAAAUGGAAACCUCUCUUGAGACUUCUGAGAUGGCGAAAGAUUUCUCUUUAAAAACUGCUUUAUCUACCACUGAAUCCUGUACCAUGAAAGUUCAAGAGAAGUCUCCCAAAAGUAAGAAGGAUAAACGCCCACCAGUCCUAGAAUGUUUUGAAAAGUUAGAAAAGUCCAAAAAGACUUUUCUUGAUAAGGACACACAAAGAUUGAGUCCAAUACCAGAAGAGGUUCCAAAAGGUAUUCUAGAAUUGGGAAAGCCAGGCUCUCCCGAGGCAGGUGAAACAUCUCCACCGUGUAACAUGACUGGUCACUCUGAGAAACUAGCCUUGGAGAAGGAAAUGGUAGAGUGUCAGAGCGCAAGUUCCACUGAAGGUCAGUCCCUGGAAAGAACAGACCCAGAAAUUUUAAAAGAGGAUUCUGAAUCCACGAAGGUAGAAAUAGAUAAUCUGGACAAUCCCCAGACCUCUGGGUCAGAGGAUCCUUCUGAGACAAAGGGUUCUAUGCAAAAAAGCAAAUUUAAAUAUAAAUUGAUUCCUGAAGAAGAAACCACUGCCUCAGAAAACGCAGAGAUAACCUCUGAAAGGCAGAAAGAGGGCAUCAAAUUAACAAUUAGGAUAUCUAGUCGGAAGAAGAAGCCAGAUUCUCCUCCCAAAAUUCUAGAACCAGAAACCAAGCAAGAGAAGACAGAAAAGGAAGAAGAGAAAACAAAUGUGGGUCGUACGUUAAGGAGGUCUCCAAGAAUAUCUAGACCCACAGCGAAAGUGGCUGAGAUCAGAGAUCAGAAAGCUGAUAAAAAAAGAGGGGAAGGAGAAGAUGAAGUAGAAGAAGAGUCAACAGCUUUGCAAAAAACAGACAAAAAAGAAAAUGUGAAAAAACCGGACAAGGAUACAAAUUUGAAAGUAAGCAAGGUAAAACCCAAAGGCAAAGUUCGAUGGACUGGUUCUCGAACACGUGGCAGGUGGAAAUAUUCCAGCAAUGAUGAAAGCGAAGGGUCUGACAGUGAAAAAUCAUCUGCAGCUUCAGAAGAGGAAGAAGAAAAAGAAAGUGAAGAAGCCAUCCUAGCAGAUGAUGAUGAACCAUGCAAAAAAUGUGGCCUUCCAAACCAUCCUGAGCUAAUUCUUCUGUGUGACUCUUGUGACAGUGGAUACCACACUGCCUGCCUUCGCCCUCCUCUGAUGAUCAUCCCUGAUGGAGAAUGGUUCUGCCCCCCUUGCCAACACAAACUACUGUGUGAGAAAUUAGAGGAACAGUUGCAGGAUUUGGAUGUUGCCUUAAAGAAGAAGGAGCGGGCUGAACGCAGGAAAGAACGCUUGGUGUAUGUGGGUAUCAGUAUUGAAAACAUCAUUCCUCCGCAAGAGCCAGAUUUUUCUGAAGAUCAUGAAGAAAAGAAAAAAGACUCGAAAAAAUCCAAAGCAAACUUGCUUGAAAGGAGGUCAACAAGAACACGGAAAUGUAUAAGUUAUAGAUUUGACGAGUUUGAUGAAGCAAUUGAUGAAGCUAUAGAAGAUGAUAUCAAAGAGGCUGAUGGAGGAGGAGUUGGCCGAGGAAAAGAUAUCUCCACCAUCACGGGUCACCGUGGGAAAGACAUCUCUACUAUUUUGGAUGAAGAAAGAAAAGAAAAUAAACGACCCCAGAGGGCAGCUGCUGCUCGCCGGAAGAAACGCCGGCGACUAAACGAUCUGGACAGUGACAGCAACCUGGAUGAAGAGGAGAGUGAGGAUGAAUUCAAGAUCAGCGAUGGAUCUCAAGAUGAGUUUGUUGUAUCUGACGAAAACCCAGAUGAAAGUGAAGAAGACCCACCAUCUAACGAUGACAGUGACACUGAUUUCUGUAGCCGGAGACUGAGACGACAUCCCUCCCGGCCAAUGAGGCAAAGCAGGCGUUUGCGGAGAAAGACCCCAAAGAAAAAGUACUCCGAUGAUGAUGAAGAGGAGGAGUCUGAGGAGAAUAGUAGAGACUCUGAAAGUGAUUUUAGCGAUGAUUUUAGUGAUGAUUUUGUAGAAACUCGGCGAAGGCGGUCAAGGAGGAACCAGAAAAGACAAAUUAACUACAAAGAAGAUUCAGAAAGUGAUGGUUCCCAGAAGAGUUUACGACGUGGUAAAGAAAUCAGACGAGUUCACAAACGCAGGCUUUCCAGUUCAGAGAGUGAAGAGAGCUAUAUGUCCAAGAACUCUGAAGAUGAUGAGCUAGCUAAAGAAUCAAAGCGGUCAGUUCGAAAGCGGGGUCGAAGCACAGAUGAGUAUUCAGAAGCAGAUGAGGAGGAGGAAGAGGAAGGUAAACCAUCCAGAAAACGGCUACACCGGAUCGAGACAGACGAGGAGAGUUGUGACAAUGCUCAUGGAGAUGCAGAUCAGCCUGCCCAUGACAGCCAGCCCAGGGUCCUGCCCUCAGAACAAGAGAGCACCAAGAAGCCCUAUCGGAUAGACAGUGAUGAGGAAGAGGACUUUGAAAAUGUUGGCAAGGUGGGGAGCCCAUUGGACUAUAGCUUAGUGGAUUUACCUUCCACCAAUGGACAAAGUCCUGGCAAAGCCAUUGAGAACUUGAUUGGCAAGACAACUGAGAAGCCUCAGACCCCCAAGGACAACAGUACAGCCAGUGCAAGCCUGGCCCCCAAUGGGACAAGUGGUGGGCAGGAGGCAGGAGCACCGGAAGAGGAGGAAGAUGAGCUUCUGAGAGUGACUGACCUUGUUGAUUAUGUCUGUAACAGUGAACAAUUAUAAGACUUUUUUUCCAUUUUUGUGCUAAUUUAUUCCACGGUAGCUCUCACACCAGCGGGCCAGUUAUUAAAAGCUGUUUUAUUUUUCCUAGAAAACUCCACUACAGAAUGACUUUUUAGAAGAAAAAUUUCAACAAACCCUGAAGUCUUUCUGUGAAGUGACCAGUUUUGAACUUUGAAGAUAAAUAAUUGCUGUAAAUUCCUUUUGAUUUUUUUUCCAAGUUCAUGGUCCUUGGUAAUUUCAUUCAUGGAAAAAAAAUCUUAUUAUAAUAACAACAAAGAUUUGUAUAUUUUUGACUUUAUAUUUCCUGAGCUCUCCUGACUUUGUGAAAAAGGGUGGAUAAGAAUGCAUUCCGACUCUGAGGGCCCAAAACAGAAUUAGGGGUGGGAGAAAGCACUUGUGCUUUAGCUUUUUCAUAUUAAAUAUAUAUUAUAUUUAAACAUUCAUGGCAUAGAUGAUGAUGAACAGACUGUUUAAAAGUUCAAGUCUGUAUUGUCGCAGUUUGAGAAUUGUAGAUAACAUCAUACGUAAGUCAUUUAGUAACAGCUUUUAUGAAAUCAAUUUGUUUACUAUUGGAGAUAACCACACUUAAUAAAGAAGAGACCGAGAAAGUACCAUCAUAAAAAACUCUAACCUAAGUUUCUGUUAUAGCAGAGUUUCUUGUUUAAAAAAAAAAUCAUCUGAAAAGCAUUUGUACAGUAAAAUGUAUAAUGAAGCUUUGACAACCAGAUUGUGCUAGCAACAAAUUUUUUAAAACAGCUUUAUGCAGUGCUGAUGAGGUGGCCUCUAAUAUACUAUCAUGGAGAGUUAUUAGUGAAAUGAGCGUGGUCUUUCUUAAGGCCCAGGUGCACUGUAAACUUUGCAGAUUGUGUAACUCUUGUCUUCUGGCCACUUAAUAUUUCAAUAUCUGAAAUAUCAUUUUGAAAGAAAUACAUCUAUACAAAACUUGCAUGAAGAGAUGCUAAGCUGACAGUGGUAUUUUAGCACAUUUGAAGAAGGGGAAAGGAUUUUCAGGUGAAUUUUAACUGGUCUAUUCUUGCCCUUAGUAUCUACUUCAAAUUGAAGUCUACAAACAAAGCAGUUCCUUUGGGAGGUUUUUAGUUGAGUUUUAGCAUGUAUGUGUGUGUAUGUGUGUGUGUUAUGUGUGUGUGUUGGAAUUUCCUAUCUGCCUGGAUAUAUUAGCAGGGUUUGAAUGUAGUUUUGGCCUUUGGCCAUUAGACUUCUAUUAAAAUUCAUAAAUAGUCACACAACCAACAAAGAGUUGAUUGAGAAACGCCAAUGUACUUAAUAGGCAUGACAUCCAUUUCCAACAUCUCAACACUUUAAAGAAAGAUAAGCCCUUUGUUUCAAGAAAAAGGGGUUUGUAACUAAUUAAAUAUCUAACAUGUAAUUGACACUAAAAUAUGAACUUUAUCUUACUUAGUUUCUGUUACAGCUGUAAAAUUUCAGGCAGAGCCAUAAAUAACAUUGUACAAAGUGUAGCACUUGUGAUUAAACCUUGCCUGUCAAAUUCUGAAACCUUCAGCCAUUACUUCUGUGAAUACUUUUGCCCUGGGAUUUGGGUUUUUCUGUUCCAGUGUUGUGUCUGUUGCCGGCAAUGGACACACCAUAUCUGCUGCUGGCCCAAGGAACUUCAUUGAUUUUUCUUUCCAAAUUAAGCAUUAUAUGUGCUAGUCAGUGUAUAGUAAAGCACUUCUCUUUUUUAUUAUUAAAAAGCUGGCAUUAGACUUGCAUUAUAAAUACCUCUCUAGAAACUUUAUACUCCUUUUCCUUCCUCAACAGGUGUUGCCCUUAAAUCUUAUCUUUUGGCCUUGAAAGUUUAUAGCUAUUAUUUUUCAGUUGUUGGUUCUUUUGUUUGUUUUGUUUCACUUUAGUUCUGUAGUACCUACCCAUUAAUAUUUUUGCUUUGAUUCUAGCAAUGUAUAUGUAUCUGUAUAAAAAAUAAAAUAAUGAAAGCAGCCUAAAAAUAGGAUGCACCAAUA